UCCGCGACGACUUUCCCCCCCUACCCCCGACCACGAGUGGAAGCCGUCGCCCGCCGGUUCGGAUUUUCUCCCGCCGACCAGAGCCGGCCAUUGUUUCCACUUCCAGGCGCGGCGGACAUGCGCAGAUGAGCGGGCCGGCCGCCCCCAGGCCCCCGGGGGCUUCGCCGCCCCUCCAGGUGGUGUGCGAGGCGCGCUACGAGGCAGAGCCGCCCUCCAACAUAGAUCUGCGCCAGCUGGUGGAGCACGACGGCGCCGGCGCCACCACCAAGGAAGAGGAAUGGGUGACGCGCAAGAAGACGGAGCUGACGACGACGCGGCAGAUCGAGACGCGCGUGAAGCGCCAGCUGGUGCUGGAGGCGGGCCGCGUGGUGCAGGACUCGGGGCCCGUGGUCACCACCAGCACCACCGAGGACACGGAGACCCAGGAGUCGCGCCACACCGAGCGCCGCUCGCCGGACGAGGCGGACGGCCCCCGCGAGGCGCCGCUGGCCCCGGGACCCGAGGGUCUGGUCAAGGAGGUCAAGGAGAAGGUGGUCAAGAGCCGGGAGCACACGGAGGAGCGCAUCGAGACCGAGGACGUGGUUCACCUGGGCGACCUGGCCGAGGAGGACUACGUGACCGCGGUCCGCAACCAGCAGGAUGUGCGCCAGCUGCUGCUGGAGAAGGCGGAGGGCCGCGGCGGGCAGCUGGCGAGCCUGAAGGACUCCUCGCGAGUCUUGCACCAGUCCUCCAAGUCCCACAAGGUCGUGGACACCAAGGACAGCCACAAGCUGAGCGCCGUGGGCCCGGACGGCCGGCUCAUCACCGAGACGAAGACCACGCACGAGCACGAGGAGAUACGCGACCGGGAGGACCCCGACGACGGCGAGGACCCCGGAGACGGCGAGCAGGAGGUGCAGGAGACGCGCAACGAGUCGUCGCACCGCUUCCACAAGUCGCGCGACGAGGAGGUGGUGGAGUACCUGGCGGACGGCGUGAAGAUCGGCGAGGAGAUGCGCUACCAGGCGGAGAACGUGGAGGGCGAGCGGCGGGGUGACCCGGACACGGAGUGGGACAGCCUCUCGACGAGGAUCCGGCGCAUGAGGCGCCAGGGCGGCCGCGGCGUGGCUCCGGCGGCCGCCGCCACGACGCCGCUGGACCGCAAGGACGCGCUCACCCGACGCCCGCUCGACUUCGACCAGGAGGAGGAGACGCGCAAGGCGGAGACCUCCAAGUGGCUGGAGCACCACUUCGGCAGCGACUCGCGCUCCUCCAAGGACUCGCUGGCGGACGAGGACGACCCGCCCGCCGCCGCGUCGGGCUCCAAGACAAGCUUCAUCAACGUGACGAUGAAGUCGCGGCCGCUGGCGUCGUCGUCCCCGCUGCUCGUCAACGGCGGCGCCCCGUCGCCCGCGUCGCCCGGGUACGUGGCCACGACGGUGAACACGUCGUCGCGCGUGUUCGUGUCGUCGCCCGAGCCGGAGGGCCCGCCCCGGGUGAACGGCUACUUCAAGGGCGUCAGCGACUGGUCGGAGCGCAGCGCGCAGAGGCAGCAGAGGGUGCAGGUGCUGCCGACGGGGCCCAACCACACGUUCACGCCGCGGGAGGAGGCGGUGCGCUCGCCGCGAGGCAGCAGCGACCACCUGGAGCGAGGCGCGAGUCCCGGGUACGUGAGGACCGCCGUCUGCCACACCAGCAGCAGCGCGUCCGCCGAGCGCGUGUCUUCGCCCUUCCUGUCGCCCGGCCGGGUGUCGCCCGCCAGGGCCUCCUUCCCCCACAACGGCGUCCGUGACGAUGACGACUACCCCACGCCGCCCAGGAGGAGGUACGCCGACAGAACCGAGCGGUCGGAGGACGAGGCCCGGCAGGAGGACUACAGGACCCGCUGGGAGCCCGCCAGGUCCCGGCCCGAGGACCUGGAGCCGCCCCCGGACUACUCGCCGCCCCCGGCCACCACGCCGUCUCCCUCGCCGCCCCCGGAGCCCGCCAAGAAGGUCUACCAGCGCACCAGGUUCGCGGCGGACAUCCCCCCGGCGAGCAGCCCCCGGAGCGGAGGCGGCGGCGGCGCCGGGGGCGGGGGCGCCGCCCCCAAGGCCAGCGGCUCCAAGGGCUCGUUCCUCGGCGACUCGUUCCGGCGGCUGGUGACGCGCCUGCGGUCGACCAGCGCCGAGCGCAAGGCGGCGCGCGCCAGGAAGAGCCGCUCUCCCCCCCGCCCGCAGCAGUCGUCCACCUACCAGCAGUACCACGUGGUGGACUCGAACCUGCCGAGCGCCGCGCCUCGCCAGUCGCCGCCGCAGCCCGGCCGCGAGAGGACGUCUGCGGGCCGCGCCGCGCUCCAGGACGAGGACCAGCCGGACGCCAUGGACCGCGGCGCGCGAGUGGUGCACAGGUACUACCUGGGCGAGGACCCGUUCGGCGGCAGCAUCUACGGCCGCGAGCGGGAGUACGACGGCGUGGUGCCCGCCCGCAGCCGGCGGCAGCGCCAGCACAGCGGCGGAGCCCGCGACGAGCCGGCCGUCAGCAGGGUGAGCAGCAGCACGCUGGGCCGCCUCAGCAAGUCCACGAGCCGCCUGGUGAGCGACGGGCCGGCGCCGACCCCCGCCAACGGAGACACGGACCGCGCGCGCUCGGCACAGACGCUCCCACGCAAGCUGCUGUACGAGAAGCGCCAGCAGCAGAGCAGCAGCGGGAGCAGCAGCCAGUGGCAGCAGCGCACGUCCUCGCCGGGGCUCGCCAGGUCCCCCCACUCGUCCAGCCUCAUCAACGUGUCGUUCGUGAACCACGUGGCGCCGGCGGGGCCCGUCAAGCCUGCGCGCAGCUACCGCUCCAGCCUCGCGCGCAGCAAGAGCUUCAGCGCGCACGCUGCGGGCGAGGAGCCGGCCUCCUCCUCGCUGCACCGGUCCAACCCCCAGCUGCACCGCCUCGACGAGUCCCCGCCGCCCCUCAAGAGCCCGGGCAUCCUCGCCAGCAUCAGCCGCAGCCAGCGGGACCUCGGCGACGGCGACGCCAAGCGGCGGGUGUUCAUGCGCGGCCUGCAGGACCGCGCGCCCGAGCUCUUCCGGACCCUGCACGGCGACGAGGGGCCGUCCCCCGUCGGCAACGGCCACGGCGAGUCCUUCCGCUCGUCCAGCACCGACGCCGGCCUCCAGAACGGCACGCGGUCCGUGGUGCGCAGGGGCAGCCCCGGCGCCGGGGACUUCUCCGAGACGGUGCGCGUCACGUCGCGGUCCCGGGACCCGGCGCGGCCCGGCGUCACCGACACCGUGCAGAGCUUCUCCAAGAAGACGGUGCCCACGCGCGGCGGGCUGUCCACGGAGACCGUGGAGUCGAGCGAGACGACCACGGUGACCGAGAGCCGGGUUGGCGCGCCGGCGAGGCACCGGGAGAACGGCUUCGACCGGUACCCGGGGCUGCGGAACGGCGGGGGAGGCGUGGUCAUCAAGGUGCGCCCGGGCAGGAAGUGAGCGGCUCUGCGCGUCUCCACGUUUCAACUUCCACACACUGCGUAACAACAAUCCUUAACUAUCCUAACAUAUUUUUUUAUAUUAUUGAUCAGGUCCACAUUCGUAUACAUUACUUAAAAUUCAAUAUCAUAUUUUAAAAAAAUUUAUAUGUACAUAUAUAUAAUUCAAAAAUUUAUGUAAAUAAUCUUUUGUGUACUAAAACAAAUAAAAUAUUUGUUAUGUUUACUAUCACUUAAAGUUUUUGAUAUAUAUAUAUUUUUUUUUGACUUACGUUAAGCAUACACAUUGUGAGUUAAUUUAUUAAUACAAUAGGUAAGAUAUAAAUAACUUCAAUACUUAUUUUUUUUUAAAAAAAUCUCUAAUGGGGACCAGUUUUUUAAAUAUGAUAAAGUUUGUGCAAACUAUUUUAUAACAGAUCCUUGCAUUAGAUAACUCGAGAAAAAAAUGUGUGACAUCACAGAAAAGACUGCCAGACGUAUGGAGAGAAUCUAGAAUAUUCAGACAACUUAUAUACAACCAACGUCAAGAAUAUUUACUCUGAAAUCCCAAGUCAGUGAUGUUAUUAAAAAAAUAUUGUUUAAAACUGAACAGCUGCAAAAAUGAACAAGUAUGAAAGAGUGCCAAAAUACAUUCAUCACAUGUUUGACACUAGAAUAGUCUUUCGUUGCCAUCUUAAUUUUUUUUUUCAAUUGACUUUAGGCUUAAAAAUGUUUGAGAAGUAUAGCAUUCAUAAUUGUAUGUAAUUCUGGGGUAAUAUUGCAAGAGUAUAUAAUUUAGAGACUUAUUAAUUGUAUAUUUUAUACAAAAUAUUGUCACUACAUUACUGUAAGUCAAUUAAUUUGAUUAUUAGUAUAUUUGCCCAAUGUUUUUGUUUUAUAGGUCUGAAAUGCUUAAUAGUAAAGGAUUACAUACCUUUUUUGAUAAAAAUUAGGAGUGUUUAAUUGCGCAUUUCCAACUCUCUUGCUGUUGACAGUUACUGACUUAGCUGUAGUUUUUAUUAAUAUCUUUGCUAUGAUUAAUCAGCAAUCUCCAGUAUCUAAUUGUUGAUCAUUUUUGUAAUUAAGGAGAUAAACAGAUGUUUGUGACCGCAAUGCUGAACAGUGCACAUGUCAAUUAAAUGCACAUCUGAGUAAGAAACUGACAUUCCUUUAAGUGCCAUAAUUAAAAUAGCAUUUUUAAAAAUAAAUUCUGUUAUCUUGUUGUUAAAGCAAAAGUUGUUAUUUUUAAGGAAGCUAUACAUUUAGAAUACAUCUUGCUCGGAUAUGGCUAUGUCAUUUAUGUACUUAUUAUUCAUUAUACUUUUAUGUAAUUUCUCUCAAAAAAUAAUGAAACAUGGUUUUCAAAAGACAGUAAUUUUUUAAAAUAAUAAUGGCGAAAGUUAUAAUGAUUGAAACUGCAUAUUGGUGGUAAUAGUUAAGAAUUUCAUUUAUUCUAUUCUCAGCACAAAGCCCAGUUCACAUAUGCUUAAUUACCAUGAAAUCAUUAUAUAUUUACACUCACCUGUAAAAUUAAAUGAUUUUACUAAUACAAACUUUGCUUUCAAGAGCACAAAUGAUUGACGUUCCUUGGGAAUUGUUAGCAUUCCAGGAGAAUUAGAGUCUUUACAUACACAGAGAAGUAGGUAAUAUUCAGGUUUUAUGUUCUCAAAGUGAAUUCAAGCACUUAGGCUAGUUGGUCGUUUUCUUCUUAUGAUCCUAAAAGUCCAUUACGUACCACUAUCAAAAAUCUAUUGUCAUGACACAAAAUGUUAUUUACUAUACCACAAAUAUGUUUUUGGCUUAUUUGAAAUUGUCAAAUUAAUGAAGUAGGUAAUAACCAUAAUAAAAUGCUAAAACAUGUUUCUAGCCAUUUCAGGUUCUUAAAAUUGAAGUACUUUGUACCUAAAUUAAUUUGUAGCAAAUGUAGAGCAUUAACAUUCAGUUUAGAAUUCUGCUACGUAACAUGUAUGUACUUCAUUUCUGAACAUUGUAUGUAACUUCAGGCUAACGCAGUAAACAUAUUGGCACCUCUGCAAUUGUGGUUUACAUAAUAAACAUUGUGUUGUGAGUGGCAGUGUUGCCAUGUCUCACAUAAUUGCCAUUUUAGAUAUUUUAUCAGUGUAUGGUAUGCAUUUAUAAAACUGUACUUUCAAGAAUAUGCUCCACUUGUUUAGUUUAGUUUUAAGUGUUACAUCUUAUCAAAAAGGUUAGAAGCUAGAAUGUGAUAUGCAACUGACAAAAAACAGUACCUAUGUUAAGUUCAAUCAAUAUUAUAUUACCAAUUUGACACACACACAAAAAAAACUGUAACUAAGUAAAAUGAUGUUGUAAUGAUAUAUCUGUACUAGCAUAAAUAAGUUUUAUAUAAUUCUGUAAGUAAUGAACAAAGUAGUCUAAUAUUUUUGCAUAUAGACAGUAAAACUACCUAAAUGAACUGCAUCUUAACAAUAACAUAAUGUCAGGUUUUUAUAAAAUGUAAAAACAAAACAAAAAUAAAGAUAAAUCAAUAAAUCAAA